AUUGACCUCUGCAGGGACAGUUUUUAUGUGCAACAUCAAAAUGGGAAAAAGCAAGAAAUGCAGAUGUGAUGAUAGUUCAAGCAGCUGUGACAGCGAUAGCUCUUUUGAAAAGUUGUGCCGAAAAGAUCCUUUAAAGCUGCACAUUAAAAGAUUAAAAUUGGAGCGCAAGAUGAUUAAGAAAAACCGAUGCGUUUGUGGAUACUGCCCACCUGGGAACCUGGCUUGUUCUGAAAACUUUAUCAAAAAAUAUAGAGGCUCGCAUUGA